UGGGCGGUGCCGUGCACAUCCGAGCACCAUGGAGGUCCAGCCCGGGCCGCAGCAGCAUGGCAGCCCGGGCCGCGCCGAGAAGCUGAACGAGCGGAUGCUGGACGAGUUCGUGGCGCUGCACGGCCCCGCGCUGCGCGCCUCGGGCGUCCCGGAGAGGCUGUGGGGCCGCCUUCUGCACAAGCUGGAACACGAGGUUUUCGAUGCCGGAGAGAUGUUUGGGAUAAUGCAAGUGGAGGAGGUGGAGGAGGCUGAGGACGACGCCACCAGGGAGGCUCAGAGGAAGCAGCCCAAUCCGGGGAGCGAGCUGUGCUUCAAGGUCAUCGUGACCAGCGAGAGUGGCGUCCAGGCCAACGACCCCAACAGCAUCUUCCUCAUCGACCAUGCCUGGACAUGCCGUGUGGAGCAUGCACGUAGACAGCUUCAGCAGGUGCCCGGACUCCUGCACCGGAUGGCCAACCUGAUGGGCAUCGAGUUCCACGGUGAGGUGCCCAGCCCGGAGGCUGUGGCUCUGGUGUUGGAGGAGAUGUGGAAGUUCAACCAGACCUAUCAGCUGGCCCAUGGGACAGCUGAGGAGAAGGUGCCAGUGUGGUACAUCAUGGACGAGUUUGGCUCAAGAAUCCAGCACGCGGAUGUGCCCAGCUUCGCCACCGCUCCCUUCUUCUACAUGCCCCAGCAGGUGGCCUACACGCUGCUGUGGCCCCUGAGGGACGUAGACACAGGCGAGGAGGUGACCCGGGACUUUGCCUACGGAGAGGCAGACCCUCUGAUCCGGAAAUGCAUGCUGCUGCCCUGGGCCCCCGCUGACAUGCUGGACCUCAGCUCCGCCACGCCUGAGCCUCCUGCCAAGUACUAUCAGGCCAUUUUGGAGGAAAACAAGGAGCAGCUGCCGCUCGCCAUUAGCCCAGUGUCACAUCCCCAGGGCCACAUCUUCAGAGUCCACUCCGACAUGCAGCAGGUCCUCCGCCACCUCACCCACCCACGUUUCGCCUUUACCGAAAGCGAGGCUGAUGCUGACGUCCUCUACCACUUCUCACACUUCAAGGACUACAGGAAGCUCAGCGAAGAGAGGCCACAGGUGCUGCUCAACCAGUUCCCCUGCGAAAACCUGCUGACUGUUAAGGACUGUCUGGCCUCCAUCGCUCGCCGGGCUGGCGGUCCUGAGGGUCCCCCCUGGCUGCCCCGAACCUUCAAUCUGCUCACUGAGCUGCCCCAGUUUGUCAGCUAUUUCCAGCACCGGGAGAGACGGGGUGAAGACAACCACUGGAUCUGCAAGCCCUGGAACCUGGCCCGCAGCCUGGACACUCACGUCACCAACAACCUCCACAGCAUCAUUCGCCACCGAGAGAGCACCCCCAAGGUUGUGUCCAAGUACAUCGAAAGUCCUGUCUUGUUCCUUCGGGAAGACGUGGGGAGAGUCAAGUUUGACAUCCGCUACAUCGUGCUGCUGCGCUCAGUGAGGCCGCUGAGGCUGUUUGUGUAUGACGUGUUCUGGCUGCGCUUCUCCAACCGGCCCUUCGCACUCAACGACUUGGACGACUACGAGAAGCAUUUCACCGUCAUGAACUACGAGCCGGAUAUGGUGCUGAAGCAGGUGCACUAUCAUGAGUUCAUCCCCCAGUUCGAGAAACAGUACCCAGAGUUUUCCUGGAGUGGUGUCCAGGCUGAGAUCUUCAAGGCCUUCGUAGAGCUGUUCCAAGUGGCAUGUGCCAAGCCACCACCCAUGGGCCUCUGCGACUACCCGUCAUCUCGGGCCGUAUAUGCUGUUGACCUCAUGCUCAAGUGGGACAGCCAUCCAGAUGGAAAGCGGGUGAUGCAGCCUCAGAUCCUGGAGGUGAACUUCAACCCCGACUGCGAGCGAGCCUGCAGGUACCACCCCUCGUUCUUCAAUGAUGUCUUCAGCACCCUGUUCCUGGACGAGACCAGCGACUGCCACGUUACCCGCAUCAUCUAGGCGCCCAGAGCCCUCCUGCCCGUGCCCAGAAGCUGGUCCCAGCCUCUCUGCUGAUGGAGCUGCUUCUCAGCUGCAGCCCCAGCCUUCUCCCUUUCCCUCCUCCCUCCAUCAUCCCCAGUCUGAGCCUUGGCCUAAGCAAGGCUCUCUGCCUUCUGGAGCCCCGUUCCUGCUUCGUAAGUGGGACGUCAGGUCCAUACCAUGUGGCAGAGCUGGACGGUUGAGUGGUGUUCCAAAGAGCUGGAAACUGCCCCAGGUACUCGUCACGCCUCCUGACACCUUCUCCUCCCUGACGAGUCUAGAGCUCAGCCAAGGGAGUUCGCACAAAGAGGUGUUCCACCGAUAAGGGUUCCACAGGGAAGCAUUUUGGAACCCAGUAUCCAGCAGGGCCAUGGCUGCCGCGAGCAGGAUUCCAGCGCCCUGUGUUGUACCCACAGGCCCUGGGACAGCCAGGGGAAAACAUUUGCCAGCCCAGCCUUACGCCUCGGCACCCUCUAUAUAGAGCCUUCACCAGCAAGACUUUACAGCCAUGCCUGCCCUUCGCAUCUCUCUCCCUCUGCGGAGCCCGACCGUCCCAUGGUCUCCUGCGGGCCAGCAGCUCACCAAGUCCCACUGUCGUCUUGAGGUGGUCAGAGUGCUAGGGUGCUCUAGGGCUCUGAGGCUCCAUGGCCGAAUCCAGGCAGGGGUGACUGUAGAAAUGCCAAGGCUGCUAAGCUGACCCUGAGGAGAGCUUCUUGUGGAAGUGAAGCUGCCUCUUGCCAAGGCCUAGAGUCAAAACGUGAAGACAAUGUAACAUCUAGUUCCUAAUUUUAUUGCUGGAAUCUGAAGUCCUUUUGUUUCUGUAACUGAUGGGUGCUGGUCUCUGCAGCCAUCUAGGAAGUGGGUCUGGUUAGAGAGGGCAGGAGCUGCUUCCAGAGUGUCCUGCUACUUGGGUGGAGCACUGUGGUGGCUAUUGCACUUUGAAAGCGACCCUCCACUUGGCAUAACUGGACAUGGUUCUCCCUGACCAUUCAUGUUGCGUCCAGCCACCACCAGGGGCAGGGCAGACACUUGCAGUCCUGUCCCUGGGGAGCUGCUGGCCUCGCUGCCCUUUUAUACUGCAAUAAAAUUUGCCUUUUCA